AUGGACGCUAUCCCCGCGGCCAUCAAACAGGCCGAUAUCAACCUCUGGAAAUGCGCCGCCAAAGCUGUGCAGCUCCAAAAUGUGAAGCCCAUCAUCGCGUACUGGUGUGAAUACUGGGUGGUCAGACAAAUUCUGGCGAAACAACUGCAUCUUGCCGAUGAAGAGACUCUCAACUAUACAACCACCUUGAUGGACAAGCUGGAAGAGGAAUAUGCCCACGAGGAAGCGAUCAUGGACGAUGCCGCCAGCCAAGCCUAUGUCGAACAAUUCGCCCAAGAGACCCUCGACCGUGCCGAGAGAGUGGUCAAGGCCAACAAAGUUACCCAACAAACAGCGACGACGUUUGACGCAGCUGCUACCUUCUUUCACCUUGUUAAUAUCUGGGGGACUCCGGAUGCAGAAACACAGCAAAAGAUCAAAUAUGCCAAGUGGAACGCCGCGCGGAUUGUCAAGGCGAUCAAGGAUGGCAAGGACCCAAAUGAGUCCAACCCAAAGCUGGAGGAACUCGAACAACCCGCUCCCCCACCCUUGGACCACAAUGAUCCGGAAGUUCAGGGUCUGACGGACACGCCAUACGGCGCCGGGCCAAGAUCAGUGACAGUGGAGGAUGUUCCCGACGUGGAUCUGCGUAGAGAUGCUGCCGGCGUAUCGUUACCGCAGAGCCCUGUUUCUGCCGGACCACCAUCAGCGUGGGGGGAUGAGCUCAAGUUACCAGGAGUGCCAACACAGCUCAAUGAUCCUGCGCCCAGAUCGCCUUCUAUUCCGUCACCAAUCUCUCCACCGUCGCAUAAUCCAGCCAACUACCAAGGAGCCCCUGAUCUCCCAUCACCAGUUACCGGACCGACUUGGACGCAGUCGCAGCCUAGUCCAUUGGACACGCCUCCUCCCGUAUCAUGGUCACAACCCCCGACUCAACCACCUCCCACCACCGGGUGGACGCCAUCUCCUGCGGCUCAACAACAGCCCUACGCCCCACCAUCAGCGCCUCCAACCUUUGCUAUGAACAACCCGUCGACAGCUGCAGUGGCUUCCCCGCCCGUCAGCCCUCCUACGAAUCCUUAUUACAUGAACAUGACACCAACAGCUCAUACCACACAUCCACCUGCGCCCGCCGCGUACGCACCUGCUCAAAGUGGCCUCGUGGACGAAGCUGCCAUGGUUGGGGCUCAAAAGCAUGCCAAAUGGGCUAUAUCUGCGCUGAACUUUGAGGAUGUGCCGACAGCGGUGAAAGAGCUGCGGAGGGCAUUGGAGCUUCUUGGUGCGACAUAG